UUGCGUGCAUUUUGAAAGCCUUUAUGUAACAAACCAUAGAAGGUCAUUCAAGUGUGAGCAGAAUGACACGAAAGGAGGAAUUUGAAUAUAAUAAUACUGACUUUCCUCUCACUCCCUUUUCCAAGGUAACUACAGAGGCUAUUUCCUGGAAUGAAUCAAUGAGUGAAACAAAUCACACCAUGGUGACUGAGUUCAUUUUCCUGGGACUAUCCAAUUCUCAGGAACUCCAGAUUUUCCUAUUUGUGUUCUUUCUUGUGUUCUAUGUAGGAAUUGUGUUUGGAAACCUUCUUAUUGUCAUAACUGUGGCUUCUGACUCCCACCUUCAAUCACCCAUGUACUUCCUGCUGGCCAACCUCUCACUCAUUGAUCUGUGUCUGUCCUCAGUCACAGCCCCCAAGAUGAUUGCUGACUUUUUCAGUAAAUGCAAAGUUAUCUCUUUCAAGGGCUGCUUUGCUCAGAUAUUUCUCCUUCAUUUCUUUGGUGGGAGUGAGCUGGUGAUCCUUAUAGCCAUGGCCUUUGACAGAUAUGUCGCAAUCUGUAAACCCCUUCGCUACACUACAAUUAUGCGUGGCAAUGUAUGUGUUGGCAUUGUGGCUGUUGCAUGGGGAACUGGCUUCCUCCACUCAGUGAGCCAGUUGGCCUUUGCUGUGAACUUACCUUUCUGUGGUCCCAAUGAGGUGGAUAGCUUUCAUUGUGACCUGCCUAGGGUCAUCAAACUCGCCUGUACAGACACCUAUAGGUUAGAUAUCAUGGUCAUUGCUAACAGUGGUGUGCUCACUGUGUGUUCCUUUGUUCUCCUAAUCAUCUCAUACACUGUCAUCCUCAUGACCAUCCAGUAUCUCCCUUCUGAGAGGUCAUCCAAGGCUAUGUCCACUCUGACUGCUCACAUCACAGUAGUUCUUUUGUUCUUUGGACCAUGUAUCUUCAUUUAUGCCUGGCCAUUUCCUAUCAAAUCAUUAGAUAAAUUCCUUGCUGUGUUUUAUUCUGUGGUCACUCCUCUUUUGAACCCAAUUAUAUACACACUAAGGAACAAAGACAUGAAGACUGCCAUGAGACGUCCAAUUAAAAGGCAGUGGCUGAAUGUAUAA